AUGGUGGAUACAGGCAGUUCUUGCUAUCCAACAAUGGUUCUUCCAUGUGAAACGAUGAUACCUGAAUUUUGUGUCCUUGAUCUCAUCAAUUUAUAUCCUUGUUUGACUGAGGAGGGAGAGGUACUUCCAUUCCUCGGGUUGAAAAUUGAAAUCAGUUCAGGCACUGAUAUUUUGAUUCAUGCCUAUGAGGGCAUCUUUUCAUUCAGUACUGGGGGUUCACUGACAAAUGUAUUAGUUAUAUUUGCAUGCUAUGCUGAUGAAAGAAUACGCUUGAGAAAAGGAUCUCUACCAGCUAGACAUCCUAUUGUUCAUAAAGAAAGUGUUGAAGUACUAAAGAGAAACAAUAAUGGGGUUGAAGAAGCUAUUGUUUGCAAAGGAGGUCAUGUUUCAGGUACAAAGAAGAGGAAACUUUCUAGGAUUAUGAAGGAUUCCCAUCAUUGGUUACCAAGCAUCCAUGAAGAUUACUACGGACCAAGAAGUCACAAACCUAAGCACCAUUAA